CAUCGGACUUCGUGCGACUCGGUCGUGUCGUGUUGACCCGCGCGCCUGUUUACAUUCUGUACACAGUGACUUCACGGCGAACACCCGUGUCAGUGAUUUAAUUUAUUAUUUACAAUAGCUAGCUGUUAGAUAGUUCACUCAACAUGGCCAACAACAGGGCUGCCAAGUCAGGAUUUGCCGCCGAAGCGCAGAGAAAGAUUAACAGCAAAUACAGCGAGGAGCUAGCGCAGGAGUGCCUAGAAUGGAUCAACUCUAUCAUCGGCGAGCCCACCAACACUUCGGGAGAUAUGGACAACUUCUACGAAGUGCUCAAAGACGGCACCAUUCUGUGCAAGCUCGUAAACGACAUUCAGCCUAAUAUGGUGAAGAAAGUGAACGUAUCAAAGAUGGCGUUCAAGUGUAUGGAGAACAUCAACGCUUUCCUAGAAGCGGCUAAAACGCUGGGCGUGCCCGCGCAAGAAACAUUCCAGACUGUUGACUUGUGGGAGAGACAGAACCUCAACUCCGUUGUUAUCUGCCUCCAGUCACUUGGCAGAAAGGCCGGUAACUACGGCAAGCCUUCGAUAGGACCCAAGGAAUCUGAAAAGAACGUGCGCAACUUCUCUGAAGAGCAGCUGAGAGCCGGUCAGGGUGUCAUUUCUCUGCAGUACGGGUCCAACAAGGGCGCCACCCAGAGCGGUAUCAACUUCGGCAACACGAGGCACAUGUAAAUCACAGACUGUAAAGGCAACACCA